UCUUAUCACAUAUUGAGUGUUGGAUAUUAGAGACACAAUCUCAAAAUGACGGCAUAUCAUGUUCUUACACUUAUUGUUUUUACAAUAAUUCAAAGUGCUUGUAUAAACUGUGAUUGUCAUACAGGAUGGAUACAUUUUCAGAACUCCUGCUACUUAUUUGGCAACGAUAAAUUAAAUUGGUAUGAGGCAUCGAGUUCUUGUCUAUCUCAUCAUGCUAAUCUUGUUGAAGUUGAAACUGUACAUGAAGAAACAUUUCUUAAGACAACUGCACGUGCUUUUGGAACACAUUUUUGGUUAGGAGCACGAGACGACAUAACUGAAGGCAGCUGGGUAUGGUCGGCAGACGACAGUGAUCUCGAUUAUAACGACUGGUACCCUAAUGAGCCGAAUAAUUCUGGUGGAAACGAAGAUUGUCUCGAAUUAUCUGGAGAACAUAGCUGGCAAUGGAAUGAUGGACCUUGUAGAUCUUAUUCAAUUCAAUAUAUAUGUGAAAAAAGGCGAGUGUUUCCCUUCUUUUAG